AUGGAAAAACAAACAAAUAAAGAAGAGAUCUUGAAAGAAAAAAUAGAAGAACCAAAGAUAGAGGAAACAGAGCAAUUUAAAGACCAUUCAACACUUUUUUAUGAUCCAUAUGAGAAAAAAGAUAAUAAUUUAGUUUCAGAUGAAGAAAAAGAUGAUUUAUUUGGGGAUCAUACAGAUGAUGAGAAAAAUAAUGAUAUAAAAAGUAAAGAAAUUAUAGAAGAAAUACAAGGGGAGGCACAAGAAGAGCCAGAAUACCAAGAAACAAGAAAGAUUCUGGAAAGUACACUUGUAAAUCGUGCAGUACCUGAAUCAACUGAUGGAGAAGUAUUUGCAAGACAUUACUGUUAUGUAUUAAUAGGAAUACAGCUCUACUAUGUAAAAAUGCCAAACUUUUUAACAAUUGUUCAGAAACCAUUUGAUCGAGAAUCAUAUUUAGAAGAAGCACAAUCAGAACGUGAAGAGACCACGAUUCAUCAAUAUGAUACUAAUCAAAGAAUUCGACUAAAAGUGGAGAAUACAAUUCGUUGGAGAUAUGUUAAAAAUAAAGAUGGAACUUAUUCUAAACAAUCAAAUGCACGUUUCAUAAAAUGGUCAGAUGGAUCAUUGUCACUACUUUUGGGGUCAGAACUGUUUUCAGCAGUGACAAAAAACAGUUUUUCUGAACAUACAUAUUUAUGUCUUUCUCAUGAAAGUCAAAAUCUUCUUAUGUCUAGAAAAAGAUUCACAAAAAAUAUGACAUUCUUGCCAAUUGAUACAGGAAGUUCAACGCACAAAAGGCUAACUGAAGCUAUUCUUCGUGGAAAUAUGAAGAAAUGCAGUAUUGUCGAAUUUGUUAAUGUAGAAGACCCGGAAAAAGUUAAACGAGAAGCAGAAAGGAUUGAAGAAGAAAAAAUCCGAUUUCGUCGUCGUCUUGAAACUAAGCGUCGUGCUCAAGACGCAAAAUAUUAUGAAGUCCCUAUAUUAACAGUCGAAGGUUUAGAAGCGGAAGAAGUAGGAGAACACUUUUCCAAAACUUCAUAUAUAGAUAAAGAUGAUGACGAUGAUUUCAUUGUUGAUGAUGAAAGUGAUGAAACUGAGAAACUAGAAAGGCUACGAAAAAUCAAGGAAGAUGGGAUCAAUAUGUAUAAAAAACAACAGUUAUCUUCAGACAAAAACGAGCAAAACAAAGAAAACGACGACGAAAGCAACCAUUCAUUCACAGAACAAGAUACUGAUGAUGAUGACGAUGAUACAUUCAUUAAAGAAACUGAUGCAGAUAAACAGAUCUCUCGUAGAAUCACAAAACGGCGCAGAAUCUUCAGCGAUGAAGAAUUAUCUGAAAGCACAGAAAACACCGCUCCUGCUGACGAGCAAUAACUAUCCAUUCCAUUGCCAUCUAUUUCAGCAUAUUCUAUACAUAAUUACUAUU